AAAAAACAAUAACAAAAUGCCGGCGAAAAUGAAUAUGACAAGCCUUAGCGAGCUUGUAAAACAAUAGCUUUCAAUAAACACAGGAUAUUAUACAAGUAAAACAUGAGAUUCAUUAAAGAGUUCGAUUGUAAAUUGACAAAUAAUGUUGGGGGACUUAAGAACUAGCGUCGAAAGAGGCAAAAAAAUGACGAAUACGAGGACGAAAAAGAUCAAGAAAGAACAUCGUAAAAACAUGAUAGAGCAAGGGAGCAUCGACAUCAGUAAUAUUACAUCCCUCAGAGAGAUCUUGGUCAAGUUGGGAAGAGAUUCGGCGUACACCCUUUGUCCGGGUAUAAGCAGUUACCCAAAAUGAAAGAAAGAUACCAGAAAAACAUCCUCCAAGGUUGUGGAGACAGAAUGGCCGGAAUACCGAGCCCAAUCAAAAGAAUGCAAGGUAUGGCAUAUCCCACGAUCAAAGAAAUGGGAUGAAGAGGGAGACAAAGUGAUAAAGUGUACUCAAUGUAUGAGAGUUGAAAAUCACCUCCGUGUACUCCAGGAAAAAGCGAAUAUAUCUUAAGCAAAGCUAAUUAAACGCCAAUCCUCCUCCUCCAAAACACCUGUUACAACGAUGAGCCCGAGAUCGAAGAAGGCAAAAAUGAAAAACAUGAAUCGGGAGCGGAAAAACCUAAAUGCAAUGGUUAGAAGAUACAGGAAUAAAACCCAGAUUCAGCUAAAUGAUUCCCAAAGCCAAGAGUUGGGGAAGUUUGUAUCACAAGUAAGACCGGACGACUGGAUUCGUUUGACUGGUAGUAAGGGAAACCGAUGGUCAGCUGUGACACUAAGAAUCGCACUUGCAGUGUAUGCGAGAAGUCCAUCUACCUACCAGGCACUGAGAUCCAUGAACAUUCUCCAGCUGCCAUGCUUCAAAGAGGUAAUCAAGCUGAUCAGAAAGAAGUCAGAUGCCCCAGGUGCCAGCCAAGAGCAGAUGGGGAAUUAA